UCAAGUUAUGGCGACCGAAAUAACCCGUCUUCCUUUUCUCCCCCCACACCACAUAUACAAAUUCAAUCACAGCUACACAUCUAACCAAAAGCCCAACCCCAACAUAAUGGAGUCACAGACCUCUGCAAACACAUGGUGGCUAAUGGCUGAAGUUGUUGGGCAGAUAAAGAUUAGCUAAUGCCGCAUUCAAAGCUCCCCAAAUCAAACAAAUACCCCCCACCACCACCCCUCUUCUCCUCCUAUAUAUCAAAACAAUCUUCACAUAAUCAAUCCUCAUCCCAAAAACCAUGGAGUUCUUAGCUCUGUUCUCCACCAUCCUCCUCCUCCACUCCCUCCUCAUCCUGUCAUGGCAUUUCGCCGACAGGUUCCGCCGCCGCAACUGCUAUCUCCUCGACUACAUCUGCCUAAAACCUUCCGACGAGCUGAAACUCCCCACCGACCUCUGCGGCGACAUUGUGUCUCGCAACCCCUGUUUGGGUCUGAACGAAUACAAAUUCCUUCUGAAAGUCAUGAUAAGCUCCGGACUUGGUGAAUCCACUUACGGCCCCCGCAGCAUAAUUGAAGGCCGCGAAGCCAAUCCAACCUUGGCAGACUCCAUCUCCGAAAUGGAUGAGUAUUUCUUCCCUCUGAUCGACUCCAUCUUCGCCCGCAUAAGCCCUCGCAUCAAUCUCCCACCCUCCGCCAUUAACAUCCUCGUCGUCAACGUUUCCAUGUUCUCCCCUGCUCCCUCCCUCGCCGCCAGAAUCAUAAACCGCUACGGCCUCCGCGAGGACAUCUUGGUCUAUAAUCUCAGCGGCAUGGGAUGUAGCGCCAGCCUCAUUUCCAUUGAUCUUAUACGAAAUUUAUUCAAAUCCCACAAGAAAAGCAUCGCCUUGAUGGUGACAUCGGAGUCUAUUUCGCCGAAUUGGUAUAACGGGAAUAAGCGCUCCAUGAUGCUGGGAAACUGUUUGUUUCGGUCGGGAGGCUGCGCGGCCUUGCUGACUAACGAUCCGUACCUCGGCGGCCGCCACGCGAAGCUUCAGUUGCAUGGAUUGGUUCGAACCCAUCUCGGCCGCAGCAACGAAGCGCACGCAUGUGCUUGCCAGAAGGAAGACGAGGAAGGCCGGCACGGCUUCCAUUUAAGCCGCGAUUUGCCGGCCGCCGCCGCUCAAGCUUUUUUUGAAAAUCUCCGGGUUUUAGCUCCCAAGAUUCUUCCUUUAACUGAAAUCUUGCGUUACCUAUUCGCGUGUGUGUGGAAGAAGGAGGUGCGGGUGAACAUGAAAGCAGGGGUGGAGCAUUUCUGCGUUCAUACAGGGGGAAAAGCGGUGAUUGAAGGCGUGGGACGAAGCUUGGGGUUGGAUGAGAAGGAAUUGGAGCCGGCGAGGAUGACGCUGCAUCGAUUCGGUAACACUUCGGCGAGCAGUGUGUGGUAUGUGUUGAGCUACAUGGAGGCGAAGGGGAGGCUGAGGAAGGGGGAGAGGGUUCUGAUGCUGACUUUUGGAUCUGGAUUCAAAUGCAAUAGCUGUGUUUGGAUCGUGAAGAGAAAUCUGGAAGAUUGUGGAGUUUGGGAAGAUUGUAUAAAGGGAUAUCCGCCCAAAACAUUGGUGAAUCCUUUCUUUGAUAAAUAUGGAUGGAUCUAUGAUCCAAAUGCGGAACUUUUGGUUCAGAAGAUUAAGGAAUCUAUGGCUAGGGGUGGUAAAGGUGGGAACUUGAUGAAUCUUAUUUGAUUUUUUUUUUUUUUUUUUUUUUUUUUUUUUUAUUUUUUAAUUUAUAAUGCAUUGGGAGAUUGAGGGGAUGGGGAUUUUUAUUAUAUUUGCCCGAAAGAGCGGGAUUAUUACUGCUUUUUAACUUGUUCAGGUCUUGUUGUUUUAAUUGUUUGAGAUUUGCAGAUAGCGAAAUAAAUAAAUGGUUCUAUCAAAUCAAAAUUUUUAGGU